AUGAGCUGCGUACGCGAGGGGUUUUGCCGGGAAGUGUGUGCCUGGAACUUGAAGAACUAUCAGGCGUGGUUUCACCGGCGGUGGCUGUUUGACAAGCUCUAUUCUGCUGCUGCUGCUGCUGCUCCUGCUGCUCCUGCUGCUGCAGCAGCAGCAGCAGCAGCAGCAAACGACCUGUUCCAGGAGGAGUGCAGCAGCUUGAAAGCAGCAAUUGCCAAAGACCCCAAAAACUACAAUUCGUGGGCCCACAGAGCCCACCUGGUGCGGCGGUUUCCGGUGUCUGUACACCAGGAGCUGCAGGACACGGAGCUGCUGCUGCAAACAGAUCCUUCCAACAACUCCGCCUAUGCCCACAUUUUCCUCCUCACCAAACUCCUUAUUCAGCAGCAGCAGCAGCAGCAGCAGCAGCAGGAGCGGCGGCAGCAGCAGCAGCAGCAGCAGCAGCAGCAGCAGCAGCAGCAGCAGCAGGAGCGGCAGCAGCAGCAGCAGGAGCAGUGGCAGCAGGAAGUGGCUGUGUGGGCGCAAACGAUAAAGCGUUACACUCCCGCCUUUGAGCGCCAGCCUUCGAACGAGAGUUUAGUCCGGUUUCUUCUGGGGUGUUUGAAGGCAGCAGCAGCAGCAGCACAGCAGCAGCAGCAGCAGCCCGAGGAGCUGCAGGAAGCAGCAGAAGUGCUGCUGACAGCAGCAGCAGCAGCAGCAACAGCAGACGGCGCGCAGCGGCUGGGGCUUGAAGUGGGGGUGGCUGUGGAUGAGCUGCAGCGCAACUUUGCUGCUGCUAAAGAGAAGUGCGCACUUUUGAAAGUAGCAGAUCCAAUUCGCCGCUUUUACUGGUCUUGGAAAGCUCUCACCAACGCCCGAAGAAGUCUGUCUAUACACCUCGUGCAGUAG